AUGGCGUCGCAGUCUGUUGUGUCAUCGAGCCCUAGGGUCCUACGCGUCGCAGUGGUCGGAGUGGGGCUUGUCGGAGGCGAGUUUGUGGACCAGCUGCUCAGCUUCCCGCGGUCAAAUCCUUUCCGGAUCGUCUCGCUCUCGUCCACGAAGACCACACUGUUUUCUCCGGAUGGUCUUGAUCUUUCACCAUCCACCUGGAAGCAGAGCUUGACCCAGUCGGGCUUGAAGCCUGAUCUAGACUUCCUCAGUCGCCAGCUCUUAUCCUUAGUAAAGCCGGGUCAGGAUGUGGUCUUCGUCGACAACACUUCGUCGAACGAGGUCGCUGCGCUCUACCCUCGCUUCCUGAAAUAUGGCGUACAUGUUAUCACGCCCAACAAAAAGGCGUUCUCUGCGGAGCUGUCUCUUCACGAAAGUAUCAUGUCUGCCAGUCUGGAAAGCGGUGCGCGAUUCUUGAACGAAGCCACAGUCGGUGCUGGCUUGCCUAUCAUCUCCACCCUUAAAGACUUGGUGGCUACGGGGGAUAAGGUAGUGACCAAAAUCGAGGGUGUCUUUUCAGGCACGAUGAGCUACAUCUUCAACGAGUUCUCUUCGGGCAAGGAGGGCGGACCUAGCUUCUCGUCGGUAGUAAAGAUCGCACGCGAGAAGGGGUACACUGAGCCACACCCUGCAGACGAUCUGAACGGAGCCGACGUCGCGCGCAAACUGACCAUUCUCUCGCGCUAUGUCCCCUCGCUUCGUAGCGCUCUGAAGGACGGGUAUAAAUCUGUUAGUACCAAGUCAUUGGUGCCUCCGCAGCUGGAGGACGUCGAGACUGGCGGCGAAUUUAUCAGGCGACUUCCCGAGUUCGAUGCGCAGUUCAACCAGAUGCGAGCAGACGCGUUCAAGGAAGGCAAGGUGCUUCGUUUUGCUGGCGUGAUUGAUGUCGAAUCCGGUGUCAUCAAGGCAGACCUCGAAAAAUAUCCUACCACUCACCCGUUCGCGACUGCCUUAGGAGGCUCGGAUAACAUCGUCAUGUUUCACACAGAACGGUACGGAGCAAGACCGUUGGUUGUGCAGGGCGCGGGUGCAGGCGCGGCUGUCACCGCAAUGGGUGUCAUGAGCGAUUUGUUGAAGCUUGUAUGACGGCGGGUAUCAUCCGGAUUGGCCAAAAGCGGUACAGAGCUGUGCUACACUCAGCAUCUCAAGCUGUGUUAUAACAUUGGAAGCGUGUCAAAAGUCGAUAGAAAAUGUAUCAUAUUGAGUGCUUGCCGCG